AAUGUGGAUGCGAUUGUUCAAAGUGCAAAUCAAGCGAGGAAUGCAUUAUAUUAAGGGAAGAAAUAGCAAAGCUUUGUAGAAAGCUCAAUAACAGCGAGCAACGAAAUCAGGAAUUGGAAAUCGAGUUGUCAAAUUUACACCGAUCGAGAAAAGAAGACGAGGAGAAAAGAGAUGAAAGCAUCGAGUCGUACGUGGAACAAAACAAACGACUGAGAGAGGUCUACGAGGAUGCCUUGCAACAAAAUCAAGACCUUGAAAGUCGGAUCUUAAGUUUGGCCGACGAGCUGCAAGCAGAGAGAGCGAGGUUUGACGAAGCCUUGAUGACGAUGACUGAACGUCUUGUAGACGCCACAGAGAAAAUGAAUAAAAUGGAAGCGCAAAUGGUCAAAAGUCGGAAGGAUUGUGCGUUGGUUGUUCAGCUCCUAAAAUGUAACCAAUCUGUGGACAAGCACUUCGUCACUCGUCAAGUAAAUUUGUUUCCAUCCGAAUUGAAAAAGAAGAUAAAAGAGGAGCUUGACUGGAAAGAUAUCACACAUGGAAUCACAAACGGGAAUUUUAAUAAACCACGYUCUAAAACAACCACUGAACUGGAGACCGUCAGUAAUGCUAAGCCUUGCUCGUGCAUCAAACGAUCMAUGCAUCCCAUGAGGCGUAGCAAGUCUGUAACAUUCAGUACACCGCUGGUCAGUGAUGCCGUCGUACAAAACGGCGUACACAAGGGGUGAACAUAACCUUUGCAUUGUAAAGGCUGGCAGAUUUUACUGUUUUGAUGUAUUUUUGYGGAAUUUUGACACGUUCAAGAUAUUUAAGGAUAAAAGAGAACUUUUWAUGCAUGCAACUGAUUUCUUUCGUGACUGGGUUAUUCUCUGGGUUGGRCGAGAGUAGCCUGGAGAUGAGUCUACAURGAUACUUUGGYUYAUUGAUUGGCUAGUUUGUUAUAGUCACACUGAUUGGAUCUACUGAGUGCACGAUUAGUAUUUUUAUAUAUACUUAGCAUUAGACUUUUAAAUAUUAUAAUCUAAAAUUGAUGAAUGUAUAUAUUAUAUAUGAUAGUCAAACGA